AUGGGCAAUGUUUUCUGCCACCCUGCCAUCUAUGUUACUGUGCUGACAGCAGUUGCCGUUAUCUGUUGGCUUUGGCUAUUUGGCAAAAGAUCGGCAAAAGAGCAAGGAUACACACAUCCUCGUUUCAGAGUUGUACGAGAAUUAUUCAGGGAAAUGUUGCAGUCCGAGCCAGAAGGUGUCGCUUUGGCUGUGCUCCAAAAGGGGGAGUUAGUGGUUAACUUGUACGGAGGCUAUGCCGACAGAAACAAUAUGCAUAUUCCUGCUGAUGCACUUCGUUAA